UCCCAAUAUUUCUGGACCUGACUGUAUAUGCUGGGAAGCUGAAAUGCCUUGCAGGCGGAGGGGGUCUCGUAGUCUGGCCUCCCUGUUUGAGCCUUUCCCCUUUAGCCUUCCUGAGAGGAGACAUACUUGCCUGGUGGCCAAGCACCUGUAGGUGACUCUUGGGCUUGCCAUGAGAAGGACACACUGGGGCUACUGGGGCUGUAGGCAAGAGGGUUGGGCUCAUUAUUGAAAGAGGAAUUAGGCCGCAUUUGGGCACAGGAUAUGUGGGUGUCUGCUCAGCUGCUUUUUCUAACAGGCAGCCAUUUGUGCCCACUUUGUGUUCCUGCCAGGACUCCUUCCCCCACUUCCUCCUGUGGCAUGGAGCAUCCUGGGGGAGGAGGGGGCUUUUGCCAGAAGGGCUUGUCUCUCCCUCUGGUGCAUCCGUGCUGGAAGGUCAGGGCCAGGUAGCUGAUCUGCUGGGGUCGUGUGCUAGAAGAGCAGAGGCAGCCCUGAGGAUCCCCCUGUCUCUUAGAGCGGAGAGCCCUCCUCUUCCUGCAAAUGGUGCUCGGGGACACCUUCUCUGGGGCUCACCCUGGGAUUGCUCAAACGUUACAGCAGGGUAUCUUGGCUCCUUCUUGUUCUGGUGGGGUCGAAGUAAAAGAGCGAUUAAAAGGUGUUGAGGGCAGGCCAUCAGCAGAUCCUCUUCAGGCCUGAACGGUAACUUGUGGAGGGAGAGGGUAGAGGAGAUCUGCUGGCAGCAGUCAGGAAGUUCCCAUCUGAAUCUCUGCCCUGAUGCCCUCCAGCUGGCCUUGGGGUUCUCGGGCAGGACUGGAGGAGUGGGGAUGCCCAGGCUCUGCAGAGCGGGGCCCUAAAUUGAACUCAGGCGGAGCUCCCCGGUGCCUCCAGCAGCGUGGCAGCCAUUCUCUGGUCCAGAACUGCAGUAUCCUGCCCCACACGUGCUUAGAGCUCCAGAGCAUCCAGGAAGCACACCCGGGCCUUCCUUGGAUGUACCAGGUGGGGCAGCUGUACUCUGUGGCUGAAGCCAGCAAGAACGAAACUGGUGGGGGCGAAGGGGUAGAAGUGCUGGUGAACGAGCCGUAUGAGCGAGAUGGAGAGCGGGGACAGUAUACUCACAAGAUAUACCACUUGCAGAGCAAAGUCCCUCCCUUCGUAAGAAUGCUGGCCCCUGAGGGAGCCCUGGACAUUCACGAGAAAGCGUGGAAUGCGUACCCUUUCUGCGGGACUGUUAUAACAAAUGAGUACAUGAAGGAUGACUUUUUGAUCAAAAUUGAAACCUGGCACAAAGCAGAUGCGGGCAUGCAGGAGAAUGUCCAUAAACUGGAUCCCGAGGAGUGGAAGAACGUUGAGGCUGUUUAUAUAGAUAUCGCAGACCGGAGCCAUGUGCUUUCCAGGGAUUACAAGCCAGAAGAAGACCCAGCAAAAUUUAAAUCAGUCAAGACAGGCCGCGGCCCUCUGGGGCCCAACUGGAAAAAGGAGCUGGGCAAGCAGUCCGAAUGCCCGUACAUGUGUGCUUACAAGCUAGUAACGGUCAAAUUCAAGUGGUGGGGUCUGCAGAACAAAAUCGAGAACUUUAUUCAGAAGCAAGAGAGGCGGCUUUUUACAAAUUUCCACCGGCAGCUGUUCUGCUGGCUUGAUAGAUGGGUUGAUCUGACAAUGGAGGACAUUCGCAGGAUGGAAGACGAGACGAAGAGGCAGCUGGACGAGAUGAGAGAAAGAGACCCUUUGAAAGGCAUGUCGGCUGCAGACGACUAGCGUGGAUUCCUUGAACGCCCACUUGCGAGAGAGUCUGCAGGAAGGCGCAGGAACUCCACCCUCUUGACCAACGGACCAUCUCUGGAUGAUCAAGCCCUCCUUUCUCCAGUCAGCUGGCAACUUCCACCCCCCUUGCUAAUUCUAGUUGCCCUUAAUCUAGUGAGCAAAUCCACAGUCUUUGGUCCUGAGCCCUCGGACCGUGGUGCUUGGGGAGGAGGCGGCCCUUCAGGACAGCUGCUUCUGUGACCACCCCCUUUCCCCUGGGAGUGUGCACACCAGUUCUCAUGUGACUCUUUGAUUUCCAAGUGGUAGGCUUUGUUGAAGUAGUCUUGUGAUGUGGUGAUUUAGAAUUCCUCAGUACACGUCUCUAUUUUCCCUCCUCUUAACCCCGGGCUGACUGCUGCCUUGUUGCUUUCCCAUCCCUUUGUGGAGACAGGAGUUCGGUGCUGAGUGCAACAAAUGCUGGUAUCUGGAUUCCAGAAUAGCCUGUUUUCUCCGUAAAGAAUCUAGUCUUGGGUGCGUCUCUGGUCCCCUUGGAGCAGAAGCGGCUGCUAACACACAGUUCCCCAAAUCAUCCUGUGGUCCCUACUCCAUUCCCCACACCUUUCCGGGACCCCGAGCUCCCUGGCCUGCUGCUGCUGUGGGGCUGUGUGCCCUGGAGCCCAGGAACCAAGGGGCUUUGUAACAUAGCAGUGGAAGCCCCCUCUCUGCUCUGAGAGUGGCUGGUCUCACUCACCUGGCCACCCAAACCGUGGUCAGCUCCUUUUUUCCAUCGUGCAAGGGACUGCCUGAAUCGGGGCUCAUGCUGCUGCGAAGGGGCUUUUGUCACAGGGCUUCUGGAGGAAUGCCCGUCCAUCAGGGAGAUCCCACAGCCCAGAGCCCAGCCCGGGGGUUGGUCUCCACUUCAGACAAUCACAUGAGCAAGGUGGAAUGAACCCCCGCUGCUGUUAAGGGCAAAGGCGGGCCAACCGCAGUGGGGCUCCCCGCUUCCCUUUCCAAAGCUGACAUGAUAGGCAGCUUCCGUGGCAAAAGGGGAGGCUAGGGCAGGACAGAGGUUUGCAGCUUUGCUUUAGGAAGGAUGGGUGGCUGUCCUGCUGUCCCCCAGUUCCCUACCGGCCAAUUUGUUUCUUGCCUUAAGGAGGCCAGUGCAAUAAGCAAACGUGUGGUGGAAAAAGGGCUCCUUCUGGCAGGGCCGGUGGCUUCGAGGGCUUUUCGGGCAGUUGGGUGUUCCUGGGGACAGGAGGCAGAAUUGAAAUUGGGACAAUCUCCCUGCCAGCAAGGCGAAGUCCUCUGGGAUCCAGCUGUGUCCCACUGGUCCUUCCUCUCCUCUCCCCUUCCCUUCCCUCUGAGGCACGCAGGUGCUGAGUGACCCUCUCUCCUCCAAAACGCAGAGACCGGGGAGAACUACAGUACAGUACAGAGAAUUGUGUGGAUAAGAGGAUAUGCUCAAAUGUGUUACUGUUCUCACCCCUGCUUAAAAGAUUUGCGCUUUAACUGAGAGGCUUUCUGGUGGCUGGCAGCGCCUCUCUGGGAACAGAUGGUGACAUUUUGAGGAUGGGGGAGAGAAUUAAAAGGACUCUGGUAGAAGGCAAGGAUUCUUAUUAAAACACAGCUUUCCCGCUUAGCGGCAAGAGCAAGACAAGUGCAGAAAACUUCCCCUCUGCGUGUCCUGUUGUACACUUGUGCAUUGGAGUUGAUCCAGUGUACCCCCCCAGCUGCAGAUGAGGCUUCUGCGGAGCCCCCUUUUCCCCGUUUGCAGUAAUGACUGGCCCCUUUGUUUCCUGCUGAUGAGAGUGAGCGGUGGUGCAGGCAGAGGAGCCGCUGUGCAUUGUGUCUGGCUUCCUCCUCCAGAGUCCCCAGCGCUGGGGGCUUCCGAGAGGGGCUGUGAGCUGAAGUGCUGAGAUGCAAACCGCGGGUCCCACUUGCUUGCGUUGUGAAGUCCGAAGCUCCAGUGGGUAAACACGCCCUCCCCAUUUUAGCAUGCUCUUGUUUUUCUUAGUUUCUCUUUUGCCGAACCUGCAAGGACUUCCUGACCAGUUCAGUUGGGUUCCUCGUGCUAUUUGUUUUUAUGGCAUAUGCUCUGUAGAAUAGGUUAGAUGAUCUCAUUGUUUCUUUACUGUGAGUUUGUGCCUUUUUCGGUCUCCCAAUCUUCCAAUACAGGCCUAUUGGAAAUAACUCUUAAUAAAAUCAUAGACAGAGCACCC